UAACAGGAAACAUGAAGCUGCUGUUGUGGGUGCUGGGCGGAGGGCUGGCCUCACUAAUGACUGGAGUCAGGUAACCACCGGCGGCCAGACCCGACUCUUUUCCUCCUCGGAGACGGGUUUAGACACGAAGGGAUGUGGUGAGCCCGGCUCUAAGGGAAGGUUUACUCCUCGUGUUUUAUCGAUAUCGCGACCUCCUCUCUGAAAGCAACUUUAUAGACGCGUAAAAGUUUGGCAAAUCCAACGCUGUUCUCGUGGGCAGCGUCGCGUUUCGGAGUGUGAGUGCAGAGGCUACUCAGGUGUUCACCCACACAGGCAACUUCGUGUCGUUUUUCUACCUCUUCUCGCCGCAUAAUUCAUUGAGCUGGAGGGAGGAUUUAUCUCCUUUUUACGCAUUUUUCUGACGCGUGUCCAUCGUAUGUCCAUUUUUUAAUCAGGCUUACUUUCGUUUUCUUACUUCACAUUGUUGGACUUAAAAUACCAAGUGGCCAAGUUUGAACAGGAUGGAUGAGGCGGAGCAGUACAAACAGCGACUGGAGGCCAUUGCUGAGAAGCGUCGGCUGCAGGAGGAACAGGACAAAGCUAGAAGAGAGAUGGAGGAUGAGAAACUGAGACUACAACAGCUCAAGAGAAAGUCUCUGAGGGACCAGUGGUUGAUGGAGGGACCACCUUUGUCCCCAACAUCCCUGAACAGCCAGAGCCCUCACUCCCAGGCCCAGGAGAUCGAGAAGCGCAUUGACAAGUUGCAGGCAGAGAGUCAGCAGCUGGCAGAGGAGGAAGAGAAGUUGAAGGAACAGAUGCAGGAUGUCCAAAUGGAGGCAGUGAAAGUGGCAGUGGCUGGAGUAGAAAUAGUCCAAGAUGCUAUUGUGCAGAAUGGAGAGAGCAAUGCUACAGGAUCAGAAACCACUGCAGAUGAAGUGAUGACAAACCAAACCCCACUACUGGAAGAAGCAGCAACUGUGCUAACCAAUGGCAGAGAGGACACAGAGGCAAAUAUAAAUCAUAAUACUGCAGAGCAUGUAAUUCAGUCCACCACCAACGGGCCUGUCGGAGCAACUGAGGGUGUUGUUAGCGUUAAGUUGGAACCUGGGAUGAGUCUGGAGGUCUCAGAGGCAGAGAUUGGUCAGGCUCCAAAUUUCAGCAUUGAUGAGGGGGAAGAAGGGACUCUGGUAAUGAGAGCAGAAUGUGUGAUCAUCACAGAUGAAGGGGAUGAUGCACCUGAGGGUCUUACACCCCAGGAAGAUCAGCAGGAGACCAUUCAACCAGAGGAAAUCCCUCUACCAAAUUCAGAAGCAGGCACAGUGGGAAGGGUUGCUGAGGAGGUGGUGAUACAAACAGAGGCAGCUCCAGAAACUUUGACAGAAUCAGAAAAGAGACAGACUCCAGAGGCACAACCAGAAAAUGGAGAUGUGCACAUGGAGAACAAAAAUGGAGAUGGAGAGACAAAAGCUGAGGCAGAGGACAACCAAUUGGAAGCUCCAGCCUCUGUGCAAUUGCAGUCCCCAGCCAAUGCUCUAGAGAGCACUACAGUGGCUUUGGUGCCAGUCUAUUCUGAGGAGCAACCCAGCACUCUCACCCCAGAGCUAGGGGCAGAGGGUAAAGUUGCAAGAGCAUCAGAGGGGGCUGAGGCUUCUUUAGUCCAGGACCUUGUCCAAGACCCUGCCAUUGUCCCUGGUCAGUUCCAGGAGGUUCCCCUGGCUGAUCCCCAGGAGAAGCAGAGGACAGAGGCAGAGCUGGGGGAGCAGGAACCUCUUCUGUCCCAGACCAAAGCCCCCAACACCCAGGCAGAGCCAGCAGCAUCCAGCAGCCCAGCCAGCAUGGAGACAACUGGCCCAACCAGGGCUAAUCAGGGAGAGGAGACUGAAACACCCAAACACAAAAGCUGCCAGUGCUGCUCUGUCAUGUAAAUGCCCACACUGUACAUUAAUUUCCUCUCUCUCUCUUCAGUCUGCCAGUAUCCUUUAGUCUGUCUCUCUGCUGUUAAAUUCAUAACACACUGCUUCCCUUGUCUCCUAAUUUUUUUAACCCAUCCUUUUUCCAAAAAAAUACACCCACAAGCUACUUCCCAUUCCUUUCUUUUUACCCUCUGCCCUCAUUCUUGUAUAAAUCUUGAGACUUCCUCAUGCUGUUCUUAAGCUUUCUCCUUCUCUCCAAGAGGAAGUGAGCUCUCUCCAACAUGAAGAGAGACGAGGUAUGGACUGUAUUUGUCUGUGUUUAAGUGCCUUUUGGAACUCACUACCCAUGACUGCACUUUUAAAUUUAAUUCACACAAUGUGGACUAAAACAUGGGGCAUUUUUUUACACAGUUUGAGUUUGAUUUAAUUUUCCUGGAUAGCAGACAAUCUAGCCAAAGUACAUAGGAUCAAAAUCCACAUUUUAGAUGCAGUUAAGCAGAAAACAGAAAACAGACUAAAGAUGUUUUAUUGUAAACUGUUGUAUCUACGUGUAUAAUUAAUUGGGUAGGUUUCAUAAUGUAAAUAUGAGAGUAAACUGGAAAAGAUGUGUAGAGGUUCAGAGAGGAUAUUCUAAUUUAAUAGCUUUGAAGCUGAAUUAUUUUUAUUGAUUUUGGUCUUUUAUUAGAGAUAUGUUUAAUCCAAGUAUACAGCCUGAACCUUUUAUCCACUCUGCAAUACAGUUACAUGUACUUAGUAGUAUGAGAUGGUCUCAUUUAUAAACUGAAUAUUCUGUGGGCCGUCAUCAGUUUUACAAGAGAGAUUAUUUUUAAAAUACCUAAAAUGAAUGAAAUUAAUUUUGUAUUUUUACCAGAUUUCUUUUGAUGAGAGGCUACAGAGCUCCUGACACAGCUCUGUGCACGGAUGUAUAUACUGUCGGCAGACAGCAUGUGGAAUUGGGAUUGUCUGAAAUGUCAGUUUUGAAAUGAUUAAUGAAUGGUUUAAUGAUUAAACUGACCUUUGAUACAUUACGUGAUUUAUUUGUUGUUCUUUUGGGAAAUUCACAAAUAGCUUAUACAGUAUGUUUAAUCAUUUUUAUCUUUGUCAUCAGCGUGAUCUCCUGCAAAAAUUCCAUGUUGUGUGUCCGUUAACAUGUUCAGUGUCAGAACCGUGACCAGACGUG